AUCACACACAAACGGAAACGUUCUGAAUCGUGGUUAGUUUGUUAACAAGCCUCGUGCACGGCCUUUUCUUAGUGCACGCGUUCAUCCGAAGAGCGUUAGUCCGUUGUAUAUCUGAGCUUCUGUAAGACUUACGACUAAGCCUUGAUAGGUGGCAUAAAUAUGGCACGGAGGCACAGGGCGCAAGUCCCGGACUGGCGCAGCAGUGAUGCUAACUCUCUGCCUGUGCUAUCUAGAGACGGGCUGCGUCGCUUAUCUAUAGAGAUAAACCAGCUGCUGGAUGCCUAUUUUCAGGCAGCUUCCCAGCAGGGUGGCGAUGCUCGGGGACUAGCACAGGAUCCAUUAGACCUGCAGAAAUCCAUUUGUAAGACGCUUUUGAACCUUCAGGCGUGCCUGGACGUUCCAGCCGUUGCGGAGACCGUCGUUGCAGAGGUGGUGGCUAAUAACGGCAUCCAUGUAGCUCUGCUGCGCCUGAUCGCAGUUGGAGUUCGCUUGACGCCCAACGGCGGGUUGCCCGGAUCCAGCACUGCUAACUAUCAGCGCGCAUGCUCAGAAACCUCGGUUGCCGCGAUGGAUUUUAUUAACCAAAUCAUAUACCGCAAGCCAGCUGCUGCCGUGGAUAUUGCACGCAAGCUGCUGCGAAUGCAAACCCUUCAAGCUUGCAGUCGUCAGCUGGCCGCUGCGUCACAAUCCUUGCUUGCCAGCUCCGGAGGCCAACCGCAGCACCCGGAGGAGGACCACGGCGGAUCUGUAAUGCACGCAAGAGACUUCGCCAACCACGUCGCUUGGCUGGCCUCGACGGUACUAUACGGCCUGGACCCCAGCUUUUACUUGGAAUCCGUCGAGCUCUGCGAGGAAAUCACAUUCGCACUUCAGGACAGCUGUGUGUUGGACCACUGGGCCCGGUUAUUGCUGGCUAUGGCGGCGACGGCUCCGGAGCAGGAGGAUCGUGCGCAACAUCGAAGUCGGUGCAGGCUGUCGACAAGCUUCUUAACUACGUGCUGCACCAUUAUCUCAGUAGCGGCGAGCGCAGCGGAAGAGGAGGAGGAGAAUGAAGAAGAAGAAGAGGCAGAGAACGCCCCGAGUGUCCACGAUGGCUGCUGGGUGAGACAACUUCGCUCGGCAGUGUUGUCAAGCUGCUGCGUCCAGCACGCCAUUGUCGUACACGGCUUGGUCGCGCUCUGCAAAAUGGACGGCGGGCCUACGUACGGCUUGGCCCCGGACCUGCUGCGUCAUAUCCCCGUGGGCGGCGCAGGACCCAGCGAUAGCGGCUGCGGUCUGUGCGACCCAGCCGCGUGCUUCGACGCGCUAAUAUGCGCUUUUCGGUAUGAUGUGCCGAUGUUCUCUUGGAGUGAGCAGGCUGUCCUAGGACUGCUCCUACGGAUCGCACGCUUGGCUGCGCCAUUUAUCCUGGAGACGUCUGGCGGUUGGGGCAAUGGUGGCGACGGCAACACCAGUAGCAGCAGCAGCAGCAGCGGGGGCGGCACGUGUGGGGCUAGUAUGAACAGACGCGGCUGCGCAGGCGAUGCUGGUGGCAGCGGUGGCCGCCGUAACAGAGGCCAGGAAGCAGAAGGAGGCGGCAUCAUGUCGCGGCACAGGAUGCUGACGAUUUCCUUGCAGGGGUUAUUGCGCGCUUGGGGGCUGAUUGCGUGGGAGCAGCCGGACAAUGCGGAGGCAACGGAGUGGUGGCGGCUGGCGGUUGGCUUCUUGCCGGUUGUGGAGCGCGAGGGCAGCCCGGAAGACCAGCGACUCAUCGCAACAGUGCUCAUGCGCGUGCUUGCUACUGACGCCCCGCCUGGAGAGAAGAGCUGCCUUCCGCCUACGCCACCGCUACAAGUGGCCCUGGCCCUGGCGGCUGGCCUGCUGCCCUGCCUGGAAGGGCUUUUGCGUCACGCUGACGCCGACGAGACGGAGAACACGGCGGCGGCUAUGGUGAGGACGCUGGGGAAGCUGCUCCGCAAGACCCACCCAUGGGUCAUGUCAUUGGUGCUUGGCAGGAGGGACUGCAGGCUGUGCUGCCACGUGUUCGACGUUAUCGUGAUGGCACUGGAUGUGGCAUACGAGGUGCUGGGUGCGGGGCCGCACGAGAGCGCAGCAGGUGGCACCGAGUCGGCACCAGAACGGCAGCUGAAGCUGGUGUUGUCGUGCGCGCUGUGGGACUGGCUGCCUGUGAUGUCCCGCAUCGCAAAGUGGGCCUCGCUGAGCGUGGUAGACAAUGCCGGCCGCCGUGGUACACAUGCGUUGUGGAGGACGCACGCGGUGUUGCUGCAGCUCGUACCGCCGCUUGCCUUCCGCUGCAUGCUGGAUGCAGCCAGCACGGCUGGACACGGCGUUGGCAGGGCAGCCACCAGCACUGCCCUUCCGCCAGCCGCCAGCAGCGGCGGCGGGGGGGCCGUAGAGGCUGGCACAGGCAUUGCCCCACCUGCGCCACCCGUCAGCAGUGCCAGGCAGGCCGGGAACAGCGCCGUUGCCGCUUCUUCUGCUGCCAUUCCCAACGAGGGCAGCAGCCCCAAGGGGACCAUGGGGGACAGUGGAGGCGCUGACGUGGCUGCAGCAGCAGCGACUGCUGAAGACGGUGCUACCGUCACUGGUGCCGCCGCCUCGGCUGCUCACAGGGGCAACAAGGACGCAGCCAUCACCGCCCCUGCCGCUCCUGACGGCGGCUGGCGGCGGGUGUUGCUGGGGGACAUGGAGGCCUUCCACGUGCUGGGUUGCGCGUUGGAAGCGACGGGGCUGCUGCAGGACAGCUCGGAGAAGGAUUGGCUCGUCCAGCACCUGCCGCUGGGUUGCGGCGCGGUUGCUGCUGCGUGUCCGCAGGAGCUAAGGCAGGCCACAACGGAUGCGGCCAAAGUCGGGCCCUGGCGCAUAGAGAUGCUGUCCGCCAUGCAUCGUACCUUGCAGGAGCAGGAGGAGUACUGCCCAGCGGCGGAUAGCGCGCACUUCCUGACGACGCUUCCGAAUUACUGGGAUGCAUCUGAUUGCGAUCUGGGUGACUUCUGCUU